AUGGAUAAUCAGGCACCAGGUUUUAGGUUCUACCCAACCGAAGAAGAAUUAGUUUCAUUCUAUCUGAAUAACAAGCUUGAAGGAACUAGACAAGACCUCGACCCGUGGUUUUUCUUUGUCCCUCGGCAAGAGAGAGAAGCUCAUGGAGGAAGGCCUAAUCGGCUCACAACUACCGGAUAUUGGAAAGCCAGUGGUUCUCUGGGCUAUGUAUACUCGAAUAAUGGAAUAAUUGGAGUGAAGAGAACCAUGGUUUUCUAUAGAGGAAGAGUUCCGGACGGAAGAAAGACCGAGUGGAAGAUGAAUGAGUAUAGAGCCAUUGAAGGAGAAACUUCUUCAUCAAGUAAUGCAACUCCACCAAAGUUAAGACAAGAAAUCAGUUUGUGCCGAGUCUACUUAAAAUCGACAAGCUUACGAACAUACAACAGACCACAACCGUCAGAAGUAGUGAGAAGUGAAGAAACAGUUCACCAACCUCGUCCUGGUAAUGAGGCAACAUCUCAUCAACACCAGCAAUUAACAGAGAUCAGAAUAAGCCCACCAACUCAUAACGCGUCCUUGGGAGACGGCACCAUUGCCAAUAAUCCUUGUCAAGUUAUGGAAAAUGGUAGCUGGGAUUGGGAUGUGUCUGUUGAUAAUGAUUUCUUGUGGGACUGGGUCGAAUUGAAUUGGUUUUAA